AUUGUUCAUAGCCACCAACACAAAUUGUAACGUGCAUUCCACUUCUAGUCCGUCUCAUUCUUCAUACACAUAUUCUCCUACAUCUUUAUUUUCUCCAAAAAAAAAAAAAAAUUCUUGUUUGCUAUUUUUCUUAGAGCUCAAACAACCUUCAUCAUGCCGCCGAAAUCAAACAACGGAGGUAGUCGAUCAUUGCCGAAGUUUGGAGAAUGGGAUGUAAACAAUCCACAAUCAGCUGAAGGUUUUACUCUAAUCUUCAACACUGCAAGAGAUCAAAAGAAAAAUGAUAAGAUUAAUCCUAUUGCUGGACCAAACCAAAACCCUUCUAUGAACAACCAAAACCAAAAACAGAAAGAUCAAAAAGAUUCGAAGACGAAGAAAUGGUUCAGCUGCAUAUUUGGUUAAGAAGAAGCAACGGAUCUGAAAACAUCAGAAUUGGAAGAGUGCAGCAAUUGUACAUCAAAAAUAUUGUAAAAUUUUGUGUAUUUGAGUAAGAAUCAAGUGUUAACACAUAAAUGAUCCUUUAAACCUUUUAUCUUGUUUGUUUACUCUUCAUUGAUGUAGCUAAAUAACCAUCAUAUUUGAGAUUCCGAACCAAUGAACACGAUACACAAUUGUGUAAUCCAACAAUUUCGAUACAAAUUUUGUGGGUACAAGAAGGAUAAACAUAUGAACUUUCACCAUUGCUUAGUUUCGACAAAAUUC